CUGUUGGGAGUUAUACUGCAAAUGUUUCAGCAAUUUACUGGAAUGAAUGUCAUCAUGUAUUACUCAACCUCAAUAUUCUGCAGUAUAGACGUAUCCAGUUAUGCUGCUACAGCAAUAGUGGGUGUGGUAAACUUCUUGACUACUCUCAUUACUGUCUUUAUCGUUGACAAGGUUGGUCGUAAGUCCCUAUUGCUAGUUGGGGCACUGGGUAUGUGUGUAUCUAUACUGACAGCUGGUCUCCUCAUUCAUAUCUUUAAUGUUGUUGAGGAGAGAGAGGGAGGGGGAGGGAGUGAAGAGGAGAGACAGGUUGUUGGAUAUUUUGUGGCUCUCCUGAUUGUACUCUUUGUGUCUUUCUUUGCAUCUACCUGGGGACCAGUUGUUUGGGUGGUGACUAGUGAAAUAUUCCCCCUCUCUGUUAGAGGUGUUGCUGUUUCAGUCACUACUUCUGGUAACUGGAUUGGGAACUUUGUGGUUGCUAUGGUAACCCCAUUACUUCUCGGUUCUGUACUAAAGACGGCCGGUACAUUCUACAUACUGGCAGGGUUUCUCUUUGCCUCAUUUUUAUUUGUGUUGCUAACACUUCCUGAAACAAAAGGAGAGAGUUUAGAGAGAAUUGAUGAAUUAUUUCUAAGACCAUGGCUACAGAGGAUUAACCUAUUCUACUACCUGAGGUGUUGUUGUCCAUGGUCUAAUGCCUGUAGGGUAAGGACUGCACAAGAAGAGGACACUGUAGCCAUUGUUGGUAUAAAGAAUGAGAACAAAGAUGAUACGAGUGAUGAGGCUGAAGAUGAUGAGAAUGAGUCACUGAUAAAAGAUACAGAUGUCCUUGAGUCUAGUCUUUCAGCUAAAUUUGAUAAAUAACGGAUCAAGCAACCUUUGUAUCAUUUUGUGUACUAAUAGCAUGAAUUGUUUGAUUUUUAUGAUGCAGACAGAUUUUAUUAUUUUGCUAUUAUUUUUAAAAAUUUAUGCAUGCAGCAGGUUGUACAAUGUAA